AUGACUACCCCCAGUGUCCUUACCUUUGAUGCUGAGGGUCGUGCUGUUGACUUCGAGGUCUUGGUCGAUGACCUACAGCUCUUCCUACAGUGCGAUAGGGGAGACGGACUCUCCCUGUUCGAUCUCACCUCCGGUGCCUCUCCUGCCCCACCUGCUGAUGCUAACAGCACUGUUCGCUCACAGUGGGCCACCCGCGAUGCUGCUGCGCGUCUUGCUGUGCGUCGCCACUUACCGACCACUGAGCGUGCACACUUUAGUCAGUACAAGAGUGCUAAGACCUUGUACGACACUGUAGUUGCACGCUACUCUUCCCCUGCCACUGCUGCCAUUAGCCGCCUCAUGUUGCCGUACCUGUUCCCUGACUUCGCCGCCUUUCCCACAGUCGCUGACCUCAUUACGCACCUUCGCACUAAUGAUACCCGCUACCGCGUUGCGCUUCCUGCUGAGUUCUGCGCUAAGAACCCCCCCCCCCCCAUGUACAUCACCCUCUACUACAUAGUCACCCGGCUCCCUGACUCCCUUCGCUCGGUCAGGGACCAGUUCCUCUCGGUUUGCCCCACCACACUCACCGUUGACCUCCUCGAGGAGCGCCUCCUGGCAGCUGAGAAGAGUAUAGUCGUUGUAGGAGCCUCUCGUGGUGACCCUCGUGCCCCCUUCUUUGAGGGGUGCUCCCCCUCCCCCCUGUUGCCCUCUGUUGCCUCUGCUGGUGCCGUCGACCUCGUUGGCUUCGAGUCGGUCGGAGCUGCGUCUGCCCCUAGCGGGAGACGCCGCACCGGCAAGGGCAAGGGGGGCAAGGGCGCUGGAGGGGCUGGCGGGGGCGGUGGAGGUGGCGGUGGAGGCAGUGGAGGGGGUGGGGGUGGUGGUGGGAGUGGUAGCGGGGGUGGAGGUGCUGGUGAGUCUGCUCUCUCAGGUACCACGUCGGCUCAGGCCUUACACACCUUCACCCUUGACUCGGGUGCUUCCCGCUCCUUCUUUCGAGACCGCACCACGCUUACGCCGCUUAGUCGGCCGAUUGCGGUCUCCCUGGAGGACCCCUCUGAGGGUCCUGUCCUUGCUCACUUCUCCAUUGUCUUACCGUGUCCGGCAGCCCCCUCUGGCACCUUGUCAGGUCUCUACCUCCCCUCGUUCUCUACGAACUUGGUGAGUGGUGCUGACCUACAGGAUGGGGGGGUUGACCCGUUCACUCCUGCGGGUCAGCGGGUGACCCACUGUACGUGUGCUCGGACGGGCCGACACUUGGCCACGUUCACCCGUCGGCCGGGGUCGAGCCUGUACACACUGACUACUGAGUCUCCUUCGGUUGCCGAGUCUGGUCAGGUAGCUGCGUCGAGUCAGGUGUUUGCUGCAGCGUCUAGGUCUGGUCCUGAGUCUGCUCCCUGCUCGUGUCGUCUCCUGUCCCACCAGACUCUCCUCUGGCACCACCGCCUUGGUCACCCCUCCCUGCCUUGUCUCCGAGUCUAA